AUGUCCAUCCACCUGCUGAACAAGAAGGCGGACAGCCUCCGCUCUACAAACGUGCUUCUCACGAACAUCAAUGCGAGCAAAGGGAUGUAUGAAAUAAUUAAGAGCAAUUUGGGGCCCAAGGGGAGCUACAAAAUGCUGGUGAGCGGCUCCGGCGCAAUCAAAAUUACGAAGGAUGGCAAUGUCCUGCUUAACGAAAUGAUGAUUCAGCACCCAACGGCCAGCAUGCUGAGUCGGAUAUGCUCCUCCAUCGACGAGACAUUAGGAGACGGCUCCAGCAGCAAUCUCAUCGUAGCCACGUCAUUAAUAUACCUAUCGGAGAAGUACAUUCUGUAUGAGAGCAUCCAUCCACGUAUCAUCACGCAGGGCUUCGAUCAAGCCAAAGCCAUUCUUCUAAAUGUGCUGGAGACCAUGAAAAUACCCAUAAACAUAAAAGAAAACUUCGACAAAGAGUUACUCUACAACGUUGCCAAGACGUGCAUCCGGACCAAAUUGCCCAUCCCCUUGGCAGACAAAUUGUCAGAUGAUUUAGUCGAAAGCAUCAAAGUUAUUUACAGCCCUGAGAAGCAGAUAGAUCUUCAUAUGAUCGAAAUUAUGGACGUGAAGAAAAAUAUGAGUAUAAAUACCAAAUUGGUGAGAGGCAUGGUGCUGGACCAUGGGUGUAGGCACCCGAAUAUGCCGAACAAACUGACCAAAUGCUUCACUCUUGUGUUGAAUGUGAGCCUGGAGUAUGAAAAGAGUGAAGUGUUUUCUUCCUUCGUUUAUUCCACUGCUGAGGAUAGAGACAAGCUAGUACAAUCAGAGAGGAAGUUCACCGAUGAUAAGGUGAAGAAGAUUAUUGAGCUAAAGAAGAGUAUUAUAGAAAAGAAAUUUAAAGAGACCAACGAAAUGUACAACUUUGCUGUGUUCAAUCAGAAGGGAAUCGAUCCCAUUAGCUUAGACUUAAUGGCCAAGGAAAACAUCAUGGCCUUGAGACGAAUUAAAAGAAGAAACCUAGAACGCAUAGUCCUCUGCUGUGGUGGAAAUGCAUGCAACAAUGUCUACGAUUUGACGGAGGAAGAUCUAGGCUACGCAGGACUCGUCUACGAGAUCUGUAUUAACGAUGAGAAGUAUACCUUCAUUGAAGAAGUCGUUAACCCUAAGAGCUGCACCCUGUACAUACAAGCUCCAAACGAUUACACCAUUAAGCAAAUAAAAGAUGCCAUUCGAGAUGGACUUCGAAGCAUAAAGAAUGCUAUCGAAGAUGAAUGUGUCAUUUCGGGGGCCGGCUCAUUUGAAAUUAUGGCCUAUUGUAAAUUAAAAGAGGAGGAAAAAAAGAUGCGAGGGAAGCAGAAGUUCUCUUUCGAUGUUUAUGCGAAUAGCUUGCUCAACAUCCCCAAGGUUCUUCUGGAGAAUAGCGGACUGGACAUUCACGAGACGCUCUUUAACGUGAUUGACAAAUAUAUGGCCGACCAGUCGGAACCACUUGGACUUGACUUGGAUACUGGCGAGCCGAUCAUCGCCCAUUUGAAGGGCAUAUACGACAACUACUGUGUGAAGAAGCAAAUCAUCUCCAUCGCUACGGCCAUCUCGCAGCAGAUCCUGCUCGUCGACGAGAUCAUACGGGCGGGCAAAUCCAUGGGGGAAGAGAAGUAA